AUGCUGAAAUGGGAUUUGGUGAUAGGAUUGGUCUUCUCAUCCCAGACUAUAGUUGGAGUCCUUGGAAAUUUCUCUCUUCUCUAUCAUUAUCUCUUUCUCUGUUUCUCUGGGUGCAGGCUAAGGAACACAGAUUUGAUUCUCCAGCACCUGAUUGUAGCCAAUUCCUUAAUUUUAUUCUCCAAAGGAGUCCCCCAGACAAUGGCAACUUUGGGGUGGAAACAAUUCCCCAGUGAUGUUGGAUGCAAACUCCUUUUCUACCUUCACAGAGUGGGCAGGGGUGUGUCCAUUAGCAGCAUCUGCCUCUUGAGUGUCUUCCAGGCCAUCAUCAUCAGUCCCAGGAGCUCCAGGUGGGCAGAGAUUAAAGUGAAAGCUCCCAGGUACAUCGGCCUCUCCACAUCCCUGUGCUGGCUCCUCUACAUGCUGGUAAAUAUCGUUUUUCCUGUGUUUGUGACUGGCAAUUGGAGAAAUGAUACCAUCAUAAAGAGAAAAGAUUUCGGGUACUGUUCUGCUAAAUAUCACGACAGAAGUGCAGACUCACUAUAUGCUGCACUGUUUUCAUUCUCUGAUGCUCUGUGUUUGGGGCUCAUGCUCUGGGCCAGUGGCUCCAUGGUUUCCAUCCUGUACAGGCACAAGCAGCGGGUCCAACACAUCCACAGGACCAGCCUCUCCCCCAGGUCCUCCCCUGAGUCCAGAGCUACCCAAACCAUCCUUUUACUGGUGAGCACCUUUGUGCUAUUUUACACUUUCUCCACCAUCCUGCAUGUUUGUAUUUCAGUUUUUGACAAUCCCAGUUGGACGCUGGUGAACAUGGCUGCACUAUUCUCUGCGUGUUUCUCAACUGUCAUCCCCUUUGUUCUCAUGAGCCAAGACUCCAGGGUCUCCAGACUCUCUUUUUCCUGGGUAAGGAAUAUGAAGUCUCUUAAUAUUAUUAGUAAUACAUAA